UUGUUUGCUGACGUAAGGGAAAGUAGUGAGAAGUCAGCGUAUGAGACCGAAAUUGAUGUGUGGUAGAAAAUUGAUAUGUUUUGAAUACUUGUUUUCAAUAAUUUUACCUUGCCCGGCAAGGUGAUAAUAAUUGACGAGACUGUCAGAUAUGAGAUCUGGAGGCAGGCGCCAAGGAACUUAUUCCAAUUCAGCCCACGUUAGACUCCAAUGACAGCUAGGAGGCGACGUGGUGGCUCCGAGUCUGAACAGGCACCGCUUAUUAUUUCGACUGGAGCAUUACACACCUCAGAAAGUCCGUGGAAUAGACAGUCUACCCCUUACAGAAGUAAUGUGUCAAAUGCCCGAAGCGCUGAAAUAGAAGACACAGAAUUGCAAGAUAAGGACGCAGCGAUUAUUAGGAAAAUGACUGCACGAGACAGGACUACGGAAUUUGUUAAUGCUAUAAGAUCAUUGCAAGGACGAAAUGUGGCCAGAGCAGUGGCAGUUAGAGAUCCAAGGAGAGCCAAGUUUAUGCAGAGCUAUGCAGAAUUUAUGAUGAUAGCAAGGACUAUUGGCAAAAAUAUCAGUAGUACUUACACAAAGUUGGAGAAGUUAACAUUAUUGGCCAAAAAAAAGUCCCUCUUUAAUGAUCGACCAACUGAAAUCCAAGAAUUAACUUAUAUUAUAAAAGAGGAUUUGAAUAACUUAAAUCAGCAAAUAGCUCGACUACAAGAAGUAGCUCGUAUGCAGAGACAAAAUCAGCAAAAUGGACAUCAUUUAAUCUCUCACUCUUCUAGUGUUGUGUUGGCACUACAGUCAAAACUUGCUUCCAUGUCAACUGAAUUCAAGCAGAUUUUAGAAGUAAGAACUGAGAAUUUAAAACACCAAAAAUCCAGGCGAGAACAGUUCUCACAGGGCCCUGUGUCGUCAUCACUGCCACCAUCAGCAAUUUCUGGACCCCAUCAGGGCUCUGUACUUCUGGCAGAGGAACAAGUUAGCAUAAGCAUGGAACCUGGCAGUGCUCUUUUGCCAGCUUCACAGAAACAAGCUAUGGUCUAUGAUGAGACGGACUCGUACCUUCAGAGUCGAGCAGAAACUAUGCAGAACAUUGAGUCAACAAUUGUUGAGCUUGGGGGUAUUUUUCAGCAACUUGCACAUAUGGUGAAAGAACAAGAAGAAAUGGUUGAAAGGAUUGAUACCAAUGUGACAGAUGCAGAACUCAAUGUUGAAGCAGCACACGGGGAAAUUCUUAAAUAUUUCCAGUCAGUAACAUCAAAUCGUUGGCUGAUGAUAAAGAUAUUUGGUGUCCUGAUUUUCUUCUUCAUUUUUUUUGUGAUAUUCUUAGCAUAAGCUGGAAUGGUGCAGACAGAAAACCAGCACUGUAUUAAUCCUCAUCUGCCGUGCAGUGGAAAUGAAAGAGAUUAGACACAAUUUGUGCACUGUUAGAGCACUUGAAAAAAUGUGUGGAAUGGCAACAUGAUUGUGUUAGCCACUCUGCUGCUCGAGAACUGGAUGACAGUGGUAUUCUGAAGACAAAUCACCAGAAAGUUUUGUUACAAGAAAAGUAAAGUGUCAUUUUAUAGAAACGCAAUGUUGUUUCCCUGUUGAAUUUAUAUCAAGUCUUAAUGUGAUAUUUCAAGCUGUUUUUUUUAUUAUAUACUUGCAAGUAUUAAAAGCUUGGAAUAGAGAACUGUGAAAGAAUUUCUUUAAUAAAAAGACUGUAUUUUAAUAUUUUUA